AUGGCAUAUGUUGGCGGUGCACGGAAUAUUUUGGCCGAUGCUUUGCCUACAGUGUCGAUGCCUACGAGCACGACGAGGCUCGUGCGGCAUCCGGCGCGAUCGUCAAGAAGCCCUGCUGGGCGGCAGGAAUCCCACUCGGCACAGCUUGGCGUAUUGCUAAGUACAGUGGUAGCCUCCUGUUGGACCAACAGACAGGGCAGACAGACGCGCACAUGCCGAGUGGCAAGAAGUGUCACUGCUGAGCGAACUGCACGAAGGGAGAAGCUCAUGCAACCGAAGACAGCAUCCAGCAACAAGUGGCAUUGGAAGGACCGACUUACAGUCCACUAUGCCAAAGCUGCUUCCAAGAUACCUGGGACGGACACGGCGGUCGUCUUGCUGCACGGCUUUGGGGUGGCCUCGUUCCACUACGAGGCACAGUUUGGCCCCCUGAGCGAGGCAGGAUACACCGUCUACGCGGCAGACAACGUCGGAGCCGGCCUUUCUUGGCCAGACAGCGACCCUGCGCCGGGAACGCCUUUGGAGGUCCAGAGCCCCGGUUCCGAGUGGGGCUUCGGAAGUCCCUGCCCUCCCUUCGAGGACCUGGUCAUUGGGGAGGCCCUGUGGGUGGAGCAGGUGAGAGAUUUCAUCGCCGAGUGUGUCGAGGAGCCCUACGUGAUUCUGGGAGGCAACUCGCUGGGAGGUUACCUGACAGUUCUGGCCACGGCAGCCAUGGGCACCGAGCUCCUCGGGCGCGUCAAGGGCGUGGCGCUCCUGAAUCCCACACCUUUCUGGGGGUGGAUACCGAAUCGCUCCAAGAAUCCGGGCUUGUACGAUACCUUACCCUGGAAGGGCCAGUUCCCUAUACCGGCGUCGGUGCGCCCCCUCACCCUGGCAUGGUACAACACCCUGCGAAACCCGGACUCCAUCGAGUGGCUCCUGAACUUUGUGACCUCGAACCCCGCCGGUGUCGGCCACGAGCUGGCCGAGCGCAUCGCCACCAUGGCCGACCACCCGGCUGGCGCAGCGGCCUUUGCUCAGAUCCUCUUCACCCCACAAGCUGAGCUUACAUUUGAAGAAGCUCUGGACCACGUGGUAAAAAGCAACAUCCCGGUGUUCCUCCUCUACGGGCGGGAGGAUCCAUGGAUCAUCCCCUACUGGGCCGCUCGUGCCUACUCCACGGCACCAGGAGCGGACUACGUCCAGCUGUCGCCCAGUGGCCACUGCCCUCACUACGAGACUCCUGCGGCAGUGAACGAGUGCCUGCUCCGCUGGCUCCAGGACAAGGCUCCUGUCGAUGGCCAGGCGCAGCAAGACCUGCCAGGAUCCAUUGGCGCCUCCUUCGCAGUGACGGAGGAAGAUGGCCGUGAGGUGGUCGUAACCCGCAGAGGAUUCCCCGAGCCGUUCCGCGAGGAUGAGCUGGCCUGGGAUGAGCUCCCCGCUUGGCUCCAGCAGAUGGCACGUGGAGACGAGUGA